AUGAAUAUCGAAGAAUUUCUUCAAUGGUUCAAUUCUAUCGGAGUUCACACAGACAAUGUCACUGUUUCCUAUUCCGAUCACCACGGUUUUGGUCUUUAUUCUUGUCAACCAUCUAUCGAAAAAGAUUCUGUUGUUCUCUCCAUCCCCGAAGCGAUCUUUAUAAAACCUUCUUAUCAAAUCGAAGAUUUCUCAGGCUUUGAACACAUCAUUCUUCACUUGUUACAAGAAAAAUCGCAUCCAUAUGUGAAAUUUCUACGAAGUAUUUCAUGUAUUCCAUCUUGGAGACGAUUUUCGACUGAACAAUAUCCUCGACAAUUAACGAAUCCAAUGAAAAAGCAUCUGGAGAAAUACAAUCAAUCACGACACAAAUUUGCGCAAUACAACGACGAAGAAUUCCUAUGGGCUUAUUAUGCGAUCAAUACUCGAUGUGUUCACUUCGAUAUGGAAAGAGAUUCGAAAGAACAAGAUGACAAUCUUUGUCUCAUUCCAUACUUAGAUUUUGUCAAUCAUUCAGUUCAACCAAAUACAAUUUCUAAGUUCAACCAGACGACACGUUCGUAUGACAUUUAUGCAAUCAAAUCCAUUGAAUUGAACGAGCAAAUUACAUUUCUUUACAAUCCGCAUUCGAAUGUUGAUUUGUUUAUUGAAUAUGGUUUCGUUCUUCAAUCAAAUCCUUACAAUCAACUGAAGCUGGAAGACGAUUUACAACAAAUACUUUCCAAUGAACAAAUUCAGCUAUUCAAAUCAUUCAACUAUUGGAAUUCUCUAGAAUUUUAUCCAGGUGAUAAUGAUCUUUCAUGGACAGUUAUCAAAGCGAUUGAGUUGAAUUUCAAUCAAACCGAAUGGUCGCCAUACGAUGAUCCAUCAUCGAAAGAAUUAACCAAGAAAAUUCAAGAAUUUGUCAAAUUAGUUCAAGAAAAUAUCGAAAAAGAUUUUCAACGGUGGUCUACCGAAUAUUUUCUUAAUGAAAAGAUGAUCCUUUAUAAAGAUUUUCAAACUAUUCUUCAUGAUACAUCUAUUGUUAUCAAUAAAUCGACUGUUGUUACUUAA